AUGAUGCAGAACCGAAGCAGUUUAUUCGUGUUUUGUCGUAGCAGCUGUGAGGCAGGCGCUGCUGAGCAAAGACAGCUACAAGAAAUACAACAGCAGAGAAUUGCAGAAGUGGACAAAGCAGCCAGCAAGGCUACAAUCAACGGAAUAGCCAACCCAACAGAGCGAAACCAGUGGCGACAUGCGUCAACAACUCGUCACUCGGUUGGUGCAACAUUAACAAGCUCGGCGGCAUCAACUGCAUUUGAGCGCCCUUUGGCUGAGGUAACAGGUAAACAAGAGCAAACAGCAAAAGCAACAAUAGAACACAAAGUAAUUACAACAACAAUAGAGGAAGUAAACAAAACAGCAAAAAUAGGCGAGUCAGUGACAGCAACGGUGGCAGCAGCAGCAGCAGCAGCAGCAAAAGGAAAAGAGGAUGGGGAGGCGGUGUCAGUUGGACAGCAUGUUGCGGAAAUUGACACAACAACACGGCAAAAAAAGCAGAAGAGUACAGAAUACAAGCCACAAAGGCAGCAGCAGGUACUCCACAAACAAGCACAACAGCAACAACAAAUGCCAAAGUUACCAGACAAUGAGCGGAAAAGUCAGCAGCAACAAGUGCAACCUCAAAAGCGACAACAACGGCCACAAGAGCAACUACAACGACCGCCACAGCAAUUUGACACAAUGAUGCUGCCAACAAUUACAACAACAACAAUAAUAAGAGCACCAACAUUGGAAUCUUAUUCAACUGCAAUGCCUGCCAAAAAGUAUUCUGGCGCUCGUUUAACCACCGAAACAAAGAAGUUUGGCAAAGGGUCACAGCAGCAGCAGCAGCAACGGCAGCAACAGGAAAGGCAACGCCAACAAGAAUCAGCAAAUAAAGAUGCACAACCUGAUAACCGAAACCAGCGCAAGCAAACUCGACUUGAAAAGUCACUGCAACAGCGGCAGCAACAGAGGUGGCAGCAAAGAGAAAAACAACAACCAUUCAAUCAAAAGCGACUGUCGACACAGAAACAAAACCCACAAACAGAAAAAGAAGUACAGUCGCACGAACAGCUGCAACAGGAUGCACAGCACGUGCCACAAAUUCAACAACAGCAGCAGGCACAGGCACAGCAACGGCCGUAUUCCACCGAUCGCAAACAACAUGUUGGCGUUUUAAUUCCAUCUCGCAUACUGGACGUGUUGCAUGUGCAACAGGGCUUUCACAAUUUUCUGGAUUUCUUUCACGUCAAUCUACAAAAUGUCAGCGUCGAUUUUAUACGUGACGACGACCUAAGUGGCUUCAUUAAAUUUCUCGAACAUCCGAAAUAUACAACUGUGGUGAAAAUCUUAAAUGCCGGGAUUAAUCUUGCUGACGACGAAAUGCCACCGAGCGGCGAAACAGCAUCAUCACCAGCUGAAGCAGCAGCAACGGUAGCUGCGAAAAGUCAACGGCAAUCACAUCAACAGCAGCGACAAUCUGUAGCAAUAACGCAGAUUAAUAAUGCAACAGUGGCUUUCACGGAGGCUGGCGAAAUGAAAAAGUCAUCAACAUCAAGUAAUGCGCCACUAGUCGCAUACUGUCACUUGACCGAACAGCUGUCACGAGACUUUAAUAAAACCGUACUCGCUUGGCCGUGUCCGCGCAUGAGGGUGAGUAAAAUAAGGUCAUAA